AAUCUCUUUCUCGCUGGGCUAACCCUACACACCACACACAUCAACAACAAGGGCCAGGAACUGUGCACAAAAUGUAAUUUUAUUGUCUACAGACAGUGAAAUCGAAGACUUUUCGAUGGAAAAGCUUGUUUAAUGGUUUAUGUUGAAACUAGACUCUAGAUCUAGUGCUCCAGGAGAAUUUUCAAACGGUCGGGUCUGUUUAGUGUGAUUGAGUAAGUUUUUAUUUUCUAAGGUGCAGGACAAGGACUAAAAUUGGACAUCCUGAGAAUUGAUGAAUAGAGCUCUUUAGAUGAUUCACAUUGGAAGAAUCAGGCAGUAUGAUGCCUGGCUUUGAGCAUGUUAAGCAUGUCAGGGCUAGACGCCUCAGGAACAGGUCGUCGUCACCUGGAAUUAAGGGCAAGAGACACCUGUGCAUCGGAAAUGCUGGACGGUCUGAAGAUGAGAAGUCCAGCAAUAUGGGGGAAUCCCCAGCGGUAUUGGCGAGCAGCGGUGUGAUUACACGGUCUGGUAGUUCCAGGUCUGGUUGCAAGGCUGACAUUGCCAGAGAGGCUACUUUGGCUCCUGGUGACACUAAUCCCUCAAAGGUGAUGAAACGCAAGUCGGUCCGCUCAUCUGGAACUUCGGCCGUCAAAAAGACGAGAGUUUCUACAAAGACAGUGGACAGUGACCCAUCAGAUUCCCUGUCGUCUCCCGGCACUAGUGGGCUGAGAGACCAGAGACAGAAUAUCCCCGUCAGUGGGCCAAGUACCUCUGGGCAGACCCCCGGCACCUCUGCUUCCAGCAUAUCUCUAGAACCUGAGUCUGUGACCAUGUCGAAGAACUCGGCAGAUAGAACUGCAGCGCCUAGUUUCUCCUCUGAAGCCUGUCGAAAGUCGGGUCGUGGGAGGAAGAAAAAGCGGCAGCCACCCAUUGAAGACGUUGUGCCGAUAAGGAAGAAGCGGGCGCUGAAAAAGAAAGGUUCACUGUCGACCUUUUCAAGGAAAGAGGGCUUGGCAUCUACCUGUGGGGACAUACCCGUUGACCAGUCCGUAAUGGUGGAUACCCCUGCUGUGUCAGCAGUUGAUGAUUUUGCUGCAGGACCCAGUUCUUCCUCUGAUGACACGAAAAUUUCGACUUCAGGCAAAACCGAAGUUGUUUCAGGAGAAAAAGUCGAGAUGGAGGAGACACUGAUGGAGGCUGUUGCUGGGGGCAAUGUGAUGGGAGUGGAGGCCAUUCUGAAGGAAACUUCGGCUGGCAGCUCCGACAAGGAAAUCGAAGAUGAUUCAGCUCAGGGUGUGCUCACAACAGCUCUCUUCUCUGCUGUGCGUCUUGGCCACAAGCGUGUUGUUCAGCUAUUAGUCAAACAUGGUGCUGAUGUUAAUGCUGUUGACGCUGAGGGUAUGCCUGUUUUGCACGUGGCUGUGGAGAGUCGGUUCCCUGACCUGGUCAAGUUCCUCGUGAAGCGUGGGGCGAGGGUGUCAGCCUUGUGUCCCGCAGGGGAUUCGGUGCUGAUGGCCGCGGUAAAAAGUCGUCAGCCAGUUGAUCUGGUGCAGUUCCUGAUUCGCUCAGGUGGUGCAAACGUCAAUGAUCAGGAUGCUAGAGGCGUAACGGCUGCUAUGAUUUGCUUAGGGCAUUUCGACUUUGACAUGUUGAAGCUACUUAUCGACAACAAGGUGAAUCUCAAUACGGUUGACAAUGCAGGGGACACUGUGUUUUCCUUAGCGGCCUCGAAAAAUGUAAGGCAAAUGGUGGAACUUCUCACAUCAGUACAUUCAAGGAAACCCUCUUAUCUUCUGCUCCGUGCCAUUAAGAUGAACUGUGUAAACACUGUCAGCACUUUGCUUGACUGUGACUUUAUGGAUAGGAAUGUCAAUUCAGAGAAAGGACCUAGCCCUCUCAACUCAGCCCUGUCCAAAGGCAGGCUUGCCAACUACAAGAUUGUCAGCGAGUUGCUGUACCACGGGGCGGACCUGGAAAAGGAAGACCAGGAUGGGAAUCGCCCGUUGUCCAUCGCUGCUGCCAGUGGACGGUUGGACUUGGUGGAAUUAUUGUUGAGUCGAGGUGCAAAGAUUAAUGCUAAGGGCAGCUUGAAAAACAUGACUGCUCUGAUGUGGGCAGUGAAGAAAGGCCACAUGAAUGUGGUGGAGUGUCUGAUAGAACACAAGGCGAAUGUCAACCUGCGGGAUGAUUUUGCAUGCACGGCCUUGACCUAUGCCCUAGGGGAAGGGCGGCUUGAUUGCGUUCAGCUCCUGCUGGCCAAGAAAGCGCAGGUUCACAAGGCAAAGGAUUUGCAGGUCGCUGUGGUCAACGGCCACACGGAAGUGACGAAGAUCCUGCUGGAGGUGAUGAACCCACGGGAGCUGAAUUCGGGACUGCUGUUUUCUGCAGUGAAAGACGACUGUGUGGAGAUUGCAAAGUUGUUGAUUCAGUAUGGAGCCGAUGUUAAUGGGGUCAACACCCUGCGGGAGACGCCUCUUAUGGUGGCGCGCACUCGGGCAAUGGCUGUGCUCCUCAUAGACAAGGGGGCUUGUGUGAAUUACCAGAGCCCAUUUGAAGGGAAGACGGCGCUCAUGGAAGCGGCGAAUUCCAGCAACCAUGUUGUGUCAGUCUUGAUUGAGCGGAAGGCUAAUGUGAACUUGACAGAUUCCGAGGGAAACACUGCCCUGAUUUUAGCUGCUCUUGGGAAUAACCCAGAUGCUGUGCAGAUGCUGUUGGCUGCUGGGGCUGAUGGGAAUCUAAUGAAUAAGAGGAACUUGUCAGCCCUCAUGGCUGCGGCUCAGAGAGGUCUUAGGUUGGCUGCGGUCAGGUCUUUGAUAAAGAAAGGUGUGGACGUAAAUGCCAAGUCUGCUAAAGAUGAGACUGCUCUGAUGUAUGCUUCCCGGAACAGGAACUAUUCCAUUGUCCGGCUUCUGUUGGCGCACGGAGCGAAGGUCAACCUACAGGACCUCGAUGGGAACUCAGCGCUUAUGAUGAGUAAAACUGCCCCAGUGGGUGAGAUGCUCAUGUCUGCAGGGGCGGAGGUCAAUCUCCGGAACCGGGAUGGGAAGUCAGCGCUGAUGUUGGUACUGGAAUCGAUUUCCACUGACUCUUCUCUAGUGGAGGGACUAAUUCGGAACAAAGCUGAAGUUUUUGUGCUCAAUGCACAAAAGACAAAAUCUCCUCUAUCGAGUCUCCUUCGCAAACAAGUGUUGCUCCCAAGUGAUUAUAUCUGUCUCCAGGAGCUGCUGAAGGCUGGCGCAGCGCGGAUGGGUGCACCCUACCACUGCCCGGCGGCUCCGCUGGUCAAGUUCAUCCUGGUUGACAAACCCAGCAUCGUCCAAGGCUGGGUCACAUCGGGUGCGCCUCCUGCCAUGGUGUGCAACCACUGCCUGGUGAAAGAGCGCUGCUGUACUACGGCUGUCUCCACCCUCCUCCAGUGCUGUGGUGUCAGCGAGUUGUCUCCCUUUAUGAUGGCCUUGGUCUGCGGAAACCUCAAAAUUGCCCAGUACCUUGUUGACAUUUGGUUCCUCACGCCGUCCGACGUUAACGGGCCCGUCAUGCAGAAGGGCAUCCGGAAAGUAUUGGAAAAACUAAAUCAGCCAAAGAGUGUGGAGUAUCUGGACCAGUUUUUUACAGAACCACCUCCACUGGUCCGGCUCUGCUUUUUCUCAGUGCUGCAGUCGGUCAAGAGUGGGCCGGAGCGCGAGGCGUACGUACGGGGCACAGGCCUGCCGCAAACCCUCCAGGAUCAGCUGUUGUUUAGUCCACGCAAUUCCAAAUUUUCUCUUGAGGGCCCAGACUCUGAUUAUACCUCUUUCGCUGCUGUUCUCAACUACAGACCUCAUGAGGUUUAGAAUGAAGUAACAGAUUUGAAAAAAAAUACAGUCAGGGACAGAUAACAUGGCAAUGGAAAACUUCAAAUCCAACGAUAGCUCAUACAACUUGCCAUUCUCCCACUGAUAUCUCUUUUAUUUUUCGCUGUACGGUCUACCUAAGUCAUGGAUGUGUCAAACACAUGUGUUGAAUCCCCAACAUGAGUUGUCCGUGCUGGAUUGUAGUUUAAAGAGGAGUGAUGAAUUGAGUUUUUUUAAGCACUUGUGUGGUAAAUUUGGUUUUGUUUGUUUAGAGUUAUUGAUAGUUUGUUUUAAAUUUUGUUUUGAUUGAGGGAAUAAUAGAAUAUUUUUUUUAUAUAUUCAGAAUUAAUUAAUAGGAUUUAAUAUGGUUUUUAGAACAGUGUGAUAGAUUGUACGGUUGUUGUUUAUAGAGGUAGUGACAUGAAAGACAGUGUGUGAAUUCAAGUUGCUCUAGAGUGGCAUUCUAGAUUUUGUAACUUUUGUUUAGAUUUCAGUAAAAAUCAAGUAAUUAGUCGUCUUAUGAAACAGUAUCCAGUUACUUAAACUUUUAGUGUCUUUAACGGAGGGAGGGAGGGAGGGAGGGAGGGAGAGAGAGAGAGAGAGAGAGAGAGAGAGAGAGAGAGAGAGAGACCAUAUAAUGCACCUGUUGUUGUUUGCAUUAUUGUAAGGCAUUUUGAGCACUUCCCUUGUGGAAAUGCACUACCUAAUUAAAUAUUGAGUUAAUUGUUAAAAAAAAAAAAA